AUAUAUAUAUAUAUAUAUAUAUAUAAAAUCCACAUGGUGCUACUAGAAAGAAUCUCUUAUACGCGGAAAUGAGAUUAUGACAGGGAGGAUAUUGCUACAGAGAGCACAACAAAACUUAAGCCAAGCCAACUACAUAAUUAUGUCCUGCCUUUUAAAAUGCUAAACAAAAAGAAAGCGACUUAUAUUUUGGUACGCAACAUAUUCAAAGAAGCUUUGUAACUAUCGAUUUAUUUUUUAGGGCGUGACCCCUGAUUCAUAGGGUCAUACUAUUAUUUCAUUCUCUGCAUUGCUAAGUUAUUAAUUUUAUUAAUCAAUUCCUCGGAGACUAGUUCUACUUAUAUAAGGGCUUUGUUUUUGCAGAAACAUGCUCUCUACUGUUAAGCCAACAUAUCCUAUCUCGGAGGCACAUAGAGAGAGGUCAAAGAUCCUUUUGCCCCGGAUUCUAUACCAUAAGAACUCUUCCAGUUAAUAAUGGCUCAACAUUCUCAUCACGUUCCCAAGUUUGGCAACUGGGACACUGACAACGUUCCAUACACCUCAUAUUUUGAGAAUGCACGCAGAGAAAAGUCUGGGAUCAUGAUUAAUCCUAAUGACCCAAUGGAAAACCCAGAGGCCUUCAACACGUGCAUAAGAGUUGAUGCUGAUGAAGUGAUGAUGGCUUCUCAUGGCUAUUCCCACAACGUACAUUCUUUGGAAAAUGGAAGCCAUGUGCGCCGCAGGAGCAGGGGAAGUAAUGGUGAACUCACAGUCACAGCAGAGUUUGGCGCCAGUGAACAGAGUCAUUUUGAUCACUCUGUGAACCACAAGAGGAACAUGUCCAAAGGAGGCAGUAGCAUUAAGGGCUUCUCUUCAUCAAGCCAUAAUACACAAAGGACUGCAAACUCUUCCUUUAGUGACCACUCGAACCAUCGAGCAACUGCAAUACCCAAAUUUGGUACUUGGGAUGUCACAAACCCCAAGUCAGGAGAGGGUUAUACUGCUAUUUUCAGCAAAAUAAAAGAAGAGAGGCAAAUUAAGUCCAGCCACGUGUCCAGCAUACACAGUACUCCACCACUUAACAAUUCAAAUAUUAAGAAUCAAUAUGGUGAAUCUUCCUCCUGGUUGUCUAAGUAUUGUUGCUGUUGUUUCCAAGCUGGCCAAAGCAAAUGAACGUGGAAUCUAAUGUAAAAUUUGGACAGGAAGUAGAUCUUAUAUGUGUCAUUUACUUUAUUUGCCCCGCUAAUGUUUCAAUUUAUUUGGGAUAUUUAUCGUAUAUUCUUCAUAACUAUUUUAGUUUGAUUUAUUAUCAUUUUUCAUAUA